AUGCCCAAUUUCUGGAUAGAUUCAUGGGAAGGGAGACCUACUCUUUUAGAUAGACAAGAUAUUGAGAAUAUUAAACAGGUUACUAGAAUCCAGUGGGGAGAAAAGGUAGGAGAUUUUCUCUUGAAAAGCAGGGUCCAGGGGGUAGAUAUGUGUGAAUGGAAAGAUGUAGAAAAUCUACCAUUACUAGCAAAUCAAAAAGAGAUGUUAAAGGGGAUCAUGCAGGAGUACACCCCUAUGUUGUCUGCAAAGGAAGACACUAUGAGAUGGUGUGGUUCAAAAUCGGGGCAGUACUUGGUGAAGAUUGGUUACAACAUUCUUGACAAAAUGGAAGAAAGAAAGGAAUGGCCAACAAAACUUAUGUGGAGCUCCCCAAUUCUACCAAAAGCAGGAGUCUUCGCAUGCCUGGCUUUGAAAAAGCGCAUCCUGACAGGGGAAAGAUUGCGCAGACUGGGCUUCUUGGGCCCUUUCAGAUGCAUAAUGUGCAAAAAGGCAGAGGAAUCCUUGGAUCACUUGCUUCUACAAUGUGAGGAAGCACAAAUGGUUUGGAGCUUCCUUUUAGGGAAGCUUGGAUGGAUGGCUCCUCUACCUAAUACAGUCCUUGACCUUUUCUCCAGCUAG